AGCCACUGCCCACUGCGCUUGUGGAUGCUCAGCGCAACAAGUUAGCCAGCAGACAUUCGAUGUGCUCAGUGCUCCUCUGCCUUCGUUUUGACACCUCGACAACCGCUUCUCCUCUUCCAGUCUUGUCUACCUUUUACCCCACGGACUUCUUUACUAUCGAAGACGAUGAUGUGGACAUUCGCCCGACUUUCUCUUCUGUGAGUGCGCCGUGGAAAUGAUAUACUCGACAGCAUAGCUACCCGCAGCUUCCACCACGGCUGAUGAUGAUGACGAUGAUGAUGGACCAACAGGAGCACAGUGAUGACAUCAGUGUCCUGAGCUCGCUGGAGUUGCUGACCGAGGCCGCCAAGGAGGACGAUGGGCACUGCCAACCACAGUUCAGGCUGCAGCUGAUUGAUGACCUGACGUAUGAAGAUGUCAAGAAAUGCUACAGGGGCUCGACCGUCAGCAAGUACAACUCCCAGUACCACAAGCUGUUCCAGAGCGUCCCCAAGGAGGAGAUCCUUAUGAAAGUGUAUUCCUGCGCUCUCCUCCGAGACAUCCUACUUCAGGGGCGCCUCUACAUCUCCCGCAACUGGCUGUGUUUCUAUGCCAACCUCUUUGGGAAGGACAUCAAGGUGGCUAUUCCGGUGGUGUCAGUACGGCUAGUGAAGAAGCACAGGACGGCAGGCCUGGUACCCAACGGGUUGGCCAUCACCGUGGACACCAGCCAGAAGUAUGUGUUUGUGUCCUUGCUGUCUCGAGACAGUGUCUACGACGUCCUCAGGAGGAUCUGCACACACCUUCAGGUGAAUGGGAAGAAAAGCCUUAGCCUGAAGCAGUACUUGGAGGAGCCUAGCUUACUAUCUAUGGAUGAGUUCCCCGUGGUCAAUGACUUCCCUCCGGUGUUAAAGUGGAGGAGGAAGCCGUCCAUUCCGUCCGUGUCCUCCUCUCUCCCGGAUCUCCUUGGUAACUCCACCAGCAGUCGGAGUGCAGUGGACAUCCCCUACCUACCUACGGAGGUUCCACUGACAUUAAAGGAGCGGAGUCUGGAGACAGGGAAGAUCCUCCGGACAGAGCCAGUACCACAACUGGGCCACAUGGAGUACCAGCUGCUCAAGUUCUUCAUCCUGCUUAUCGUCCUGCUCGUCAUGUCCUCCUGUUACCUGGCCUUCCGUGUGUGUUGUCUAGAGCAGCAGCUGUCCUUCCUCAACACACAUCCCACAAUGCCCAUGAGAGAGAGGUAACACUUGCUGCAUGCUGCGUCAACAUUGGACAGAUGGUCUGUCAGUCACGGAGGUUCUCCUGGCGAUUGGGCAAACAGAGACUCUGUUUGUUUAUCUGUUCACUCUGUCCCACCCUGUAGGUGUGGAGAAGUGCCCUGCUGGUUCAAUGAAAAGACAAUGACUUGAGAAAAUCCAAGACCUGAAGCCAAAACUGCAGUUAAAUAGACAGUCCAAUAGGGGGUGCCAGAGAGACAAGAAUCCUCUUGUCGCUCCCUAGAAAGACUAUGGACUGCAGACAAAAGACUGGAAUGGAAGGAGGAGGAUAGAGGAGGAUUGGAAGUAGACGACUACAGAGUAGGUAUCAAUGGGACAGUGCCAACGGAGUUCACCUGACCUUUGACCUCAAUGUCCUUGUUUUACUCAGAUUCUGCCAAGGAACUUUACAAUACCAGUCAACUGAUCAGACACUUCCGCGUCCAGGAUUUUAGAGACAGAGCCUUUUGUCAGAGACAGAGCCUUUUGUCAGACAAACAGAGCCUGUUGUCAGACAAUCAGAGCCUGUUGUCAGAGACAGAGCCUGUUGUCAGACAAACAGAGCCUGUUGUCAGAGACAGAGCCUGUUGUCAGAGACAGAGCCUGUUGUCAGAGACAGAGCCUGUUGUCAGAGACAGAGACGUUGUCAGAGACAGAGCCUGUUGACAGAGCCUGUUGUCAGAGACAGAGCCUGUUGUCAGACAAACAGAGCCUGUUGUCAGAGACAGAGCCUGUUGUCAGACAAACAGAGCCUGUUGACAGAGACGUUUUCAACAGGAAUAAACUGUACCCAGUAGGAGAGUUGCUACGAGAGAGACUGAAAAAAGAUUGAAUAUGAGAAGGCAUUCCGAUCAGGAACUCAACCUGACCUGGUCAACCAUUUCCAACCGUAGCCCACCUUGCAGUGUUUACUGAGCAUGGUCACUGAGACAUAACCACUCCUGAAACACUAAGGAAAAAUAGAAACCAUUCCAAUGGACACUAUUAUCAGAGGUUUAACAUUUCUGUCAGAAUUUGAAGAUGCUGUGCUAGAGUUAUAGCUGUCUUGUCAUGCCAACUGAAAACAUGAUACUGUGUGUGUCAGGUGAGGUUGUGAAAGUGUGUAUGUAUGUGUGUGUCUUGUGUGUGUUUGAGUGUAUUAACCAUUAUUUGUGUGACUUAACAAGUGGCUAGGACUGUCUCAAGGUAGUUGGUAGCUUCUCCAUCUGAUAAGCCAUGACGUCUGCGUCAUGUCAUGUAAUACUAGAUAUUGACUGAAUUGUAUAGGGAUUGUCUGUGACACUGUGUUGGAUGGAGUGGAACAUUGGAAGUGAACUGCGAGAAAGCAGUGAAAGUAUUCAGAGAGAGAGAGGAAAGAAAGACAGAGACAGAGAGACAGAGAGACAGGAGACAGAGAGAAAGAGAGCGAGAGAGAGAGAGGGGGAGAGAGAGACGAGACAGAGAGAGAGAGAGAGAGACAGAGAGGAGACAGAGAGUAGAGAGAAAGAGAGCGAGAGAAAGAAAGAGAGGGAGAGAGAGAGAGAGAGGGGAGACAGACAGAGAAAGAGACUCAGGUUGACAAUGAAUGUCGUUGCUGUCCACUAGCCCUAAUGUUCCAUGAGGUGGAGGUGUGUACUACAAAUAUUAUACUAUUCCAUGUGGAGGAGGUGUGUACUAUAAAUAUUGUAAUAUUCCAUGAGGAGGAGGUGUGUACUGUAAAUAUUAUAAUAUUCCAUGAGGAGGAGGUGUGGACUAUAAAUAUUAUAAUGUUCCAAGAGGAGGAGGUGUGUACUAUAAAUAUUAUAUUGUUCCAUGAGGAGGAGUUGUGUACUAUAAAUAUUAUACUAUUCCAUGAGGAGGAGGUGUGUACUAUAAAUAUUAUAUUGUUCAAUGAGGAGGCGGUGAGUACUAUAAAUAUUAUAAUAUGCCAUGAGGAGGAGGUGUGUACUAUAAAUAUUAUAAUAUUCCAUGAGGAGGUGUGUAUUAUAAAUAUUAUAAUAUGCCAUGAGGAGGAGGUGUGUACUAUAAAUAUUAUAUUGUUCAAUGAGGAGGAGGUGUGUAUUAUAAAUAUUAUAAUAUUCCAUGAGGAGGAGGUGUGUACUAUAAAUAUUAUAAUAUGCCAUGAGGAGGAGGUGUGUACUAUAAAUAUUAUAAUGUUCCAUGAGGAGGAGGUGUGUACUAUAAAUAUUAUAAUAUGCCAUGAGGAGGAGGUGUGUAUUAUAAAUAUUAUACUAUUCCAAGAGGAGGAGGUGUGUACUAUAAAUAUUAUAAUAUUCCAUGUGGAGGAGGUGUGUACUAUAAAUAUUAUAAUAUUCCAUGAGGAGGAGGUGUGUACUAUAAAUAUUAUAAUAUUCCAUGA